UUUAUUAAAAACGAAUUCUAAUGACGAGUGCUGCAUUGCAAAACUAUUGGCAACAAAUGCUAGAAAUCAACAACAACAGCAGCAGCGGCAACAAAUACCAGCAGCUAUAUACAAAAACUAUAGUAAAUUUACCAAGAAAUAAAACAAAAACUAUUGGAAACCAAAUACUAGCAAACACAAAAAACAAAAUCGAGCCAAAGUAACGAAGAAGAAAACUUACAAACGAAUUAAACACAAACCAACAAGAAAACAAAUAAAUCCCAGAAAAAAAGAAAACAAUGAGACUUACAACGAAAAGAAAACGGAAAUAAAAACGAAACCAAUAAACAAACUAACGGAAGCCACACAAGACAAGGAAGAAGAACAGCAACAAACGACCACAAGCAGCAUUAUAAUGCCCAUAGAUUUAGAGUGUCAGCAACGUUUGACGUCUGGUCGUAGCGACUGCAGUAAACCACAAUUAAACACAUGUCACAAAACCCGCAGUAAUCUGAAAAUGACUAACAUGUCCGCUCUUAAGCAAAAACCACAUACCAGCCUCCUAAAACCAACAACAACAACAACAUCAGCAGCAACUUUAACCUGGUUAGUGGCUUUAUUGGCGGUAAUCGCAUGUCUUUGCUCUAAGGUGCCCUUGGCUAAUGCCUUAGCCAAUUGUCCCAAUGGCUGUCAAUGUGAUGAUGACACUUUGGUAGUUAAAUGUGGUGAAGGUACUUUGGAUGUUUUACCCAUUGCUUUGAAUCCCUCCAUACAACGUUUGAUUAUUAAGAAUAAUAAAAUCAAGACCAUAGAUUCAAGCAUACAAUUCUAUGCUGAAUUAACUUUCUUGGAUUUAUCCUACAAUGAUCUGGUCACCAUACCCCAGAGAACUUUUGCCUUUCAACGUAAAUUACAGGAAUUGCAUUUGAAUCACAAUAAGAUAGGUCAGAUCAAUAAUAAGACCUUAUCGGGUUUAUCAGCGGUAACAGUAUUGAAUCUACGAGGCAAUCUGUUGGCUGAACUGGAAGAUUUAACCUUUGCCCCCCUGCAAAAGGUGGAGGAAUUGAAUUUGGGACAAAAUCGCAUUAGUCGUAUAGGAGAACAUGCCUUUGAUGGUUUAAAGAAUUUGAGGGUACUAUAUCUAGAUGACAAUACCUUGACCACUGUACCAGCACCAGAAAAUUUCCGAGCCAUGCCUUCCUUGGCGGAACUAUACUUGGGCACUAAUUCCUUUAUGUCUAUACCCAAUAAAGCUUUUGUGGAUUUGAAGGGUUUAACACGUUUGGAUUUGAAAGGAGCCGGACUCCAUAAUAUAUCUCUAGAAGCCAUGAAAGGUUUAGAGGGUGUUAGAUAUAUGGAUUUAUCCGACAACCGUUUGCAGUUUAUACCUCAACUGGCUUUAUCGCAUUUAGAAAGAUUGGAGGAUUUGUCUUUGGGACAAAAUGAUUUUGAGGUUAUACCCACCAAUGCUUUAAUGGGCUUGAAAAAUCUAAAGAAAUUGGAGAUCACGGGAGCCCAACGUUUAAGGAAAUUGGAAAAUUCCGCCUUUAGCAAUAAUGCCAAUUUGGAAUACAUCAAUCUGUCGGCCAAUAAGUUGUUAAGUGAUAUACAAGAAAAUGCCUUUUUGGGUUUGCCACAUCUGAAACAUGUGAUCCUAAAAGAAAAUCAAAUAUUUACUUUAGACGAGGGUCUCUUUCCCUGGUCCGAUUUGGAGACAUUAGAUCUUUCGGAUAAUCCCUUGAUGUGUGACUGUCGUUUGUUGUGGUUGAGAUCAUUGAUAAUGACACGCAAUGGCAGCAAUGUGCAAAUAAAAGGAGUGACCUGCGCCUCACCACCCAAUCUAAAGGCGCAAACUUUACAAUCUGUAACACCCGCCAUGUUGGGUUGUUCACACAGCGAUCCUAAGCAACAGGCCUUGAUUGGAGUUCUCUUAGUGGCCACUGCUGCAGCUAUAACCAUUUUAGCCUUAAGCAUUUAUGCUUGUCGACGUAGAAUCCGCGAGCUACUAAAGGGCGGAUGGGGCAAUUCAGCUUUAGGACGCAAAGAACGUGAAUAUCAAAAAACCUUCUCGGAUGAAGACUAUAUGACUCGGCAACCCCAAAUACCCUGUGCCAUGAAUUCCACAGCACCUUAUGCCACCACCACUAGUGGUUAUGGACAACAUGCUAUGCCCUACAUGGGCACCCGUCCCAUACCAGUAACAGAGCUAUAGCUAGAAGCACCACCCCCACCUCAACACAGAGGUCGGGGAUCAGCCAAUAAUACUUUGCAACAAUUACAAGUGCCCAAUGGCGCUUCACUGUAUAAUGGCUGCGUUCCUCUACCUGAUAACCCUGCUACGAAUACCACCACCUUUGUCAACCAACUUAAUCAAAUCAAAUAUAUGACCAAUAAUACCAGAACACCCAGUAAUUAUCACUCUCAGCAGGAUAUGCGUAAACUGUCUAAUACAAAAAAUCCCAAUAUAACAUCUCUACCACGUCACAGCAAUAGCUGCAGUAAACAGCAACAACAACAGCAGCAGCAAGAAAGUUCUCUAACCAAUAAUCAUAUCUACAGCCAGCCCAUAGUGCCCAAUGGUGUUGGUUCCUAUAUCAAUACCACCCCAAAAUUUAACACAACCGAUCGUCAUAUACGUCUAACACAGGACCAUUUCAAUCACAAUAAUUCCUCUGCCCUAAAAUAUCCCAAAUUAUAUUCCCAAACUUUGGAUGGUGAUUACUUGCACAACAAUUCCCACUAUUCGCUGCCCAUCGAUCAUAGCAUCAAUCCUGCCGAUCACCAUGCUAGUCCUUCCGCCAGCCCCACACCUCCCACACCACCACCGCCUGCCCUACCUUUACGUAAUGGCAGCUGUAAUACCACGGGUCGGCGUUCCACUUUAAGUUCCCUCAAUGGCAAUUCUCUCAACAAUAACAACAAUAGUAUGGCAGCAACACUACACAAAAAUAACACCUUAAAUAUUAAUAACAACAAUAAUCAUACAGGCAGCUUGAGACAUCAAUAUCACUGAUACUCGUUGAAAAAGUGUCGAGAACACAAUGGUCUGAAAGGAGGAGGAGGCGGUUCUCGGGGCGAUUUGAUAUGGGAUGGUAAAAUGGGUACAUUUGAGACUAUAGAAAUGACAGCUUUUUUGCAUUAGAUUAAGGGUCGUGUAGGGCAGCUUAAAAGUAAAAUUCAUUUCGGUGCAGAUAUUUAAUUGUGCGCAUGACUAAAACAUUUAGUUAAAAAUCAAAAAUUCGUUUAGUCAAAGACAAUUCAAAAAAACAUUCAUGACAGUUUAAAGUCCUAGUACAGUUCUAGUUCAGUUCUUGUUCAGUUCUAGUUC